CGUACGCAGGCUGCGCGUGCGUCAUUUCUCUACCGACCGACGUAAACAACGUAUAUCAUCUAUUAUUGCUAUUCAGUGGGACACAGUGUAUAGACUAGUGCUGUGACUUUUUGUGACCGUGAUUUUAAUAAUUGGUGAUGAUUAUUUUAUAAACAAUCCACAAUGGAAAUGCAAUCAAUACAGGCUUCUUCCAGUCGCAUACUCUACGAUGUGCCUUGCGCGGUGUGUCGUGAUCACUCAUCAGGGAAACAUUACGGCGUUUUCGCCUGCGACGGUUGUGCCGGCUUCUUCAAACGGUCUGUGAGACGAGACCGCCGCUAUGCUUGCAAGUCCAGGAGCCCUGGUGCCUGCUUAGUUGAUAAGGCACAUCGCAAUCAGUGCCGCGCUUGUCGAUUAGCCAAGUGCCUGGAUGCUGGCAUGAACAAAGACGCCGUACAACAUGAAAGAGGUCCGAGGAAUUCUACCAUACGAAGACAAAUGGCACUAUUUCUAAAAGAUCCACAUCCAUCGCCAGACAUGGGCUUAUCCCCACCGGUUCUUGACUUAGCUCUUCCGAAACAUAAUCUGUUACCCCCUUUACCUUCUGUACCACUUUUCCAUAACCCCUAUUAUCCAUAUAACAGAUUGAGUCUCUUCGGGACGUCUGUACCCCCGUGUCACGCAAAAGUUUUAUCAACUCCAAUUACACCAACUAUUCCAAGUAUUACCCAUCCAGAAGCAAUGUGUGAAGCCGCGGCUAGGCUUUUGUUUAUGAAUGUCAAAUGGGCUAAGAACGAUCCAUCGUUCAGUUCCCUGUCUUUAUUUGAUAGGUUAAUAUUAUUGGAAGAGUCGUGGCGCGAUCUUUUUGUUAUCGGAUGUGCACAGUUUCUAUAUCCCAUUGAUUUAAAAGUUCUCCUUAAUACUAAGAAUUCCAGUUUACAUUCCAAAGAUUUGGACGAGUUUCAACAAGUUUUAGUUGAACUAUCAAAAAUAUGUCCAGAUACAAAUGAAUAUUCGUGUAUGAGACCUAUUGUUCUGUUCAAGACAAGUUUUAAUGACAAAAAUCUCGAUAGUCCUUCUCAAGCUAAUGUUGAAGUGAAGAAACUUCAGGAUCUACCUGCUGUGGCCGCUUUGCAAGACCAUUCUAAAGUGGUUCUAAACGAGUAUACAACACGCAUGUACCCUCUUGACAUUACGCGUUCUAAUCGGUUGCUUCAAAUUAUAUCAGACGUCAGAAGAGUUUCCAGUGAUAUUAUAGUAGAAUUGUUCUUCCGAGCUACUAUCGGAGAUACUCCUAUUGAGAGAAUCAUAAGUGAUAUGUAUAGAAGUAGUAAAGAUAUAACAUAAACAUAAAUUUACAAUGUUAUCGAUCAGAAAGAUGUUAUGAGGAUCGAUCCUGAAUAAUUUACAUCAAAGAAAGCUUAAAGAUUUAAUGUAAAUAAUAAAAUAAAUACAUAUAUGGUAUGAUUAUAAUAUAUAGCAAAUUAGCAAUACGUAGAUAGGUUGUAUUAUUUAUAUCUUCAUUGUACAUUUGUUGGUUCCUCAUGCGUUCUUAUGUUUUGCAGUCAAGGAUUAGCCUAGAUGCUUUGCUAAGUCAAGCUUAAUGUUAAUUAAAUAAAAUCAUUGCGAUAAAUAUUAGUGAAAUCAGAUUUACUGAUAAAUAAUUAUGUAGAUCGUAGAAGUUAAGGGAAGUGCAAUGGUCCGGAUUGGGUUGUACAUAAAUCUCUCUUGUAUUUAUAACAGUGAAAAGAAAAUCGGCCGACGGAUGAAAAAUAACUUGUAGUAUAAUUCACAACUAAAUGAAGAACCGGAUUAGGACCAGUCUAGUCAAAAUAGCUACGAAAAUACAAUUUCGAUUGAGUUCCUUUUGUGUAAUAAUACCUAAUGAAUCUGCUUUAUUUGUAUUUGCCUAACUCUUUCUCAAACCAUACUGUGUAAAAUAGGUACAUAUUUUAUUUUGUAAAUAAACUAUCUAUUAAUUUGA